AUGGCUUCCAGCGAACCUCUGUCGGAUAUAUCGAGUUCGACAGCAACCCCAUCUCACCCCUCUCCAUCUCCCGCCAAUGCCCCACCGUCAACAUCCACGGCCCUCCUCCGCGAUUAUGCCUUCAACCUAGAACCUUCCUCCCCCAACGAAUCUCGCCGAGACCCUCUAGGAGACCCUCUAGGAACCAGUGCUCUGCCUGUGCAAUCAUUUGAACCGGUUCAAGAGGAAGCUACAGGCUGGUCGCUGCCUUCCGCGUCUUUGCGCCCGUUUCGUCGGAAGUCGACUCAGUCGCGAUCCAAGAAAGCAUUGUCGACCGACUGUAUUCCGCGACAGACCCUUUUGAAAGCUCUGGCAUCUCGGCCGUCACUUCUUGCCAAUAAUAAUAUGUCGGCGAGUUCCCUGGCGACGAAGCUCGCGAGCAAAUCCACCCAGGCUUCCCCGCCUUCCGACCACCGGCGCAGUGCUUCCUCACAAAACCUCUCGACCGCACUGUCAAAUCUCCAAUUGAGUGGGUAUCUUGACCGAUCGCCGGCAACGGCCCGUCUAGUACUGCAAUCACCAUGUUAUUUCCAUCAGCGGUUCGAUGAUGCCGUCAAUAUCAAAAAGGUGUUGGAGGAGAUCGCCGACGAUGAGUGGCUGUCACAUUCGCGAUUAGUGCAGACUGCAACUGGAGUCCGCGAAGUGUCGAAGCAGCUACAGCGGAGGCCUAUCAAACGGGCGGUGCGAAAUGUCAUGAUCGUGACCAAGGCCCGUGAUAACAGUCUGGUACACUUGACCCGGGAAGUUGCCGAGUGGCUGCUUUCGACCCCGAGAUAUGGGAACAAGCUAGGUGUAAAUGUCUACGUCGAUGCAAAGCUGCGGAAUUCGAAACGAUUUGACACUCCCGGGCUGCUGCAAAAAGACCCGAUGUUCGCGCAGAUGUUACAUUUCUGGACACCAGAUCUCUGUUGGACAUCACCCGAUAAGUUCGACUUGGUGCUGACACUUGGCGGUGAUGGAACCGUUCUUUUCACAUCAUGGCUCUUCCAGCGCGUGGUCCCACCCGUGCUCUGCUUCUCACUAGGCAGUCUCGGCUUCCUUACCAACUUCGAAUUCGCCGACCACAAGGCACAGCUCAACGCCGUCAUGGGCGAGGUAGGCAUGCGCGUCAACCUGCGCAUGCGAUUCACCUGCACCGUGUACCGGAAAGACCGAAGCAAGGGCGCAGAAGCGGGCGCCGUUGAGGAAGGCGAGCAAUUCGAAGUGCUAAACGAGCUCGUCAUCGACCGCGGGCCUUCCCCUUACGUAUCAAAUCUAGAGCUCUACGCCGACGAUGAACUCCUAACCGUCGUUCAAGCCGACGGCUGCAUCUUCUCCACGCCCACAGGCUCCACCGCCUAUUCCCUAUCUGCCGGCGGCUCCCUCAUGCACCCCUCCAUCCCGGGCAUCCUCCUCACCCCCAUCUGCCCGCACACCCUCUCCUUCCGCCCGAUGGUCCUUUCAGACUCGCAUCUCCUCCGCAUCGCAGUCCCCAACUCCUCCCGCUCCACCGCCUACUGCUCUUUCGACGGCAAGGGCCGCGUGGAACUCCGCCAAGGCGACUACGUCACCGUCGAAGCCAGCCAGUACCCCUUCCCCACGGUCGUUUCCAACAACAACGAGUGGUUCACGAGCGUCCAGCGCGCUCUGCGCUGGAACACCCGUGGCGCCAUCCAGAAGAGCUGGGGCGGCGCUGAUCUCGAAGCUGAGCUGAACGAGGAAGAUGAGCAGUGGGAUAUCGACACUGAUACCGGGAUCGGUGGUACGGAUAGCGGUAUUGGGCCCAGUGAAGACGGGGAUUCUCUCUCGCCUAAUCCUAUGCGGCGACAGAUGAGCUUGCUCAAUAUGUGA